CCAGCAGCCCACCCGCACGCAGCGCCGCACUCCCGCCGCCGCCGCCGCACUCCCCGCACGCGACCGCACGCGACUGCGCCCGACCCCUCUGCCUCCGCUCCGACUCCGCGCGACUGCGCCCGACCCGACCCUAGUCUCGCCCGCGUCCGCCGGCAUGGCCUCGCCCACGGUCGCUGCCUCCUCGAGCCGGGCGGGCCCCACCGACAUCCUCACCGCCGCGCCCUCGCCCGCCUCCCCGCCGCGGCGGCUCGCGUCGGCGCCGCCCGCCGUCGACGCGUCCGGGUCCUUCUCCCCGGACUCCGCCGUCGACGCACCGCAUUUCCUUUUUUUUUCUUUCCUCUUCUGCCCUGGUGCGUGUCUGAUGUGGCGCGGUGUUUGGUUGUGCAUAGCCCGCUGCUCGCGAGCAGGAGCGAGGAGUACAGGCUUUUGUUCCGGCUGCCGCCUGACGAGGUUCUCGUGCAAGAUUUUAACUGCGCUCUCCAAGAAAAUAUUCUUCUUCGGUGCAAAAUUUGGGACUUGUCAAGAGGUUCAGAAACUUCGUCUUUACAAAAACAGGUUACUAAGAUUCAUUUUUUGCCAGCGUCUAAUGAUUCAAACCUCUCAGUCAAUAGGUGAUGCCCCAUAUGGGGACCAUUUCACUGUAGAGGGCAUCUGGGAUCUUGAACAAGAUAGCCUAGAUGAGAACUGUUGUGACCUCAGGAUAUAUACUAAUGUAGCUUUCUCAAAGAAAACAAUAUUUAGAGGGAAAAUAGAGGAGAACCAUGUGAAAUAAAUUUUGCUCCGGCGUUUCUGCGACCGCUCCGGCGUUGCCCCCCUUUGCGCUGUCUGUGCCCCUGCCUCUGCCUUGUGGAGGCUUAGAGGUGCCUUGGUUGUCUGGUGAUAGUUUCAUCGGAAAGCUGUAGAUUGAAGAACUACGCUCAUAUAAUCAUAAUGUGGAGUCCCAUGGUUUUGGAAGUUCUUGCAAUAAUAGCUAUUUGGCUUCACAGACUGAAAUGCUGGCAUUGUAGUGGUGUCCCAGACUUGUUAAACUCAUUUAUUAUGGUUUAUGUGUGCUAUAUAUGUGGCUUUGUGUGAUAUA